AUGAUUGUUACUAGGACACCGCAAGAAUGUUUUUCUGUCGAUGGCGUUCAAAUCAAGGAAGUGGAUAUCGGCCAGUCCUGCACGGAAUGCAGUAAAUGCACGGAAGGUUACGAGCCGCAUAAAUGGAGAAAAACAUGCAAAAAUUGCAAGUGCUCGAGAGACGGCCACGAAAUCGUCACCGAACACGGCGCCAGAUCCAGGGUGGGAUUGAUAGCGACCCACGAUGCUCUGGACGCCAGAUCUCUAGGAUAUACCUUCGUGCCUCCUGGACUUACCACUGCUCGGCAGGUUGACCAAUACUACUCGACGUUGCCUUCAGAGGAUGUCCCGAAACUCGGGUCCAAGGGAGAGAUGAACCGUUCCCAAAGAAUAGUCAGACAACUGCCCAAGCAAGAUUUGGCGCUGUCCGCCUGCAAAUUCGUCGAAGCCGAAAAUUCUGAUAGUUAUAAAGAUUUUAUAACCGGUAGAAACGACGUAGCCCUGGACGUGGGCGUAGCGAAAUUGACGCCGCCGAAUAGCAAUUGUUCGUAUUGUUCGAAGACCAUCCACAAUCAACAGAUAAGCGUCACGGCGCCCAGAUUGGGCAAAGCCGUGUGGCAUCCUUCCUGCUUUAAGUGUACCACUUGCGACGAUCUACUGGUGGACCUUGCCUACUGCGUGUAUGAGGAUAACAUUUAUUGCGAAAGACAUUACGCUGAAAAAUUGAAGCCAAGGUGUGCUGGAUGCGAUGAGUUGAUUUUCAGUGGAGAAUACACAAAAGCCAUGAACAAGGACUGGCACGGCCAGCAUUUCUGCUGCUGGCAAUGCGACGAGAGCCUCACCGGCCAACGGUACGUGCUCAGAGACGAGCAUCCUUACUGCGUUUCCUGCUACGAGUCGGUGUUCGCCAAUGCUUGCGAGAAAUGCAGCAGGAUCAUCGGCAUCGAUUCUAAGGAUUUGUCGUACAAAGACAAGCAUUGGCACGAGGCGUGCUUCCUGUGCACCACCUGCGGAGAGUCCUUGGUAGACAAGCAAUUCGGCUCGAAAGGCGACAGGAUUUACUGCGGGAAUUGCUACGAUCAACAAUUCGCUUCCAGGUGUGAUGGAUGCCACGAAAUCUUCCGAGCUGGAACGAAGAAGAUGGAAUACAAGACCAGACAAUGGCACGAGAAAUGCUUCUGUUGCUGCGUGUGCAAAGUACCGAUCGGCACGCAGAGCUUCAUUCCUCGCGAACAGGAAAUCUACUGCGCCAAAUGCUACGAGGAGAAGUUCGCGACGCGUUGCAUCAAAUGCAACAAGGUGAUCACCAGCGGCGGCGUAACGUACAAGAACGAGCCCUGGCACAGAGAGUGCUUCACCUGCACGCAUUGCCAGCGAUCGCUGGCCGGCGAGCGGUUCACGUCGCGCGACGACAAGCCCUACUGCGCCGAAUGCUUCGGCGAGUUGUUCGCGAAGCGCUGCACGGCCUGCAGCAAGCCGAUCACCGGCAUCGGCGGCACCAAGUUCAUCUCGUUCGAGGACCGCCAUUGGCACAACGAUUGCUUCUUCUGCGCCUCGUGCAGAACGAGCUUGGUAGGUCGCGGGUUUAUCACCGAUCAGGAGGACAUCAUCUGUCCGGAUUGCGCUAAAGCUAAGCUCGCGUAA